UCUCUCUCCAAUAAGAGUUUGCCUGUACUUCUUCAGCAGUGGAAAGAAGAACACAAGUUCGUGUUCAAAUCCCCAACUUCACAUAAAAUCUCUCUCUCUCUCUCUCUCUCUCUCUAAAAGUGAUGGAGAGGAUCAGAAGCUCGGAGGAGAAGAAAUCAUACAGCAGAAGACUUGGGAAGUAUCUCAGAGAACAAAAGGGAAGGAUUUACAUCAUCAGCAGAUGUGUGGUCAUGCUCCUCUGUUGGCACGAUUGA